AUGGCGUUGGCUCUUGGCCUCUCCAAGGGCCCUUUCAUUCAGGGAAAAGUGUUGUUAGCUGAGCCCAAGGAUGCCAGUUUUUCACUUAGCCGUGAUAUCAACAGUGAUUUGGCCAGCCUCUCCAUUGCUGGAAACACAAUCCCGACUCCCGACCCUGCUGUUGAGGAGGGAAAGGCUUUGUGUGCCCCGGAUAACUUGAAUGCCAGUGUUGAAAAUCAGGGCCAGAUGAAGAUGUGCAUCAGCCAAGUGUGUCGGGAGACUGUGUCACUUUGCUGCAGCUCAUUUCUGCAGCAGGCUGGAGUAAAUUUGUUAAUAAGCAUGACAGUUAUUAAUAACAUGCUUGCCAAGUCCGUUUCAGGCUUGAUGUUUCCUUUGAUACCAGAGGGAAGUGAAUGUGCUGAGGGGCAGGUUGUGAAACCCCUGACGGGUUUGUCUGAAAAGCCAGCCUUGUCAGGGGAGUUGCUGAGAGCCCAAGCGCUAUGCCCCUUCCUGCCCCUCUUUAUCAGGAACACAAACAGACAGCUUCUCUCAGAAACCCUGGCCUCUUAAGUGGCCCCUCCAACAGGGUGGGACUGAUCCACUCCAAAACAAAGCCCAGUCAGUGGGUGAACACACACUUGUGUUCUCAAAGACUCUGCAGUGGGUGCUAUCGAAGACCCAGCCUUAGCUGGAUCAGCACAUCUCUGGGUGAAAGUUGCACUUGCUAAAUCCAGGACCACACUCUUAACUGUGCAGGGGUUCCCACAGAGCUUUGAGUAACCUCUUGGUUUUUCAGUCUGCAGGCAAUGUGCAUUGUAAAUUGCUCCCUUGCAGCCUUCUUCCUGUGGUAAAGAGGUCCUUUCAGCUGCCAGCUGUGGUUAAAGAACAACAUGUUCUAGCCUCAGUGGGGAUGCCUGGCCUGUGGUGGUCUCUGUGUCUAAGCUGGACCAUGUUGGGGAGACCAGACCCAUAUGGGGGCUUGUGCCAAAAAUGUAUCAGUUGCUGCUUAGAUGGGAUUCUUUCCCUUUACUCUCUUUUCUUUGCAAGCCUAUGAACGAUACUUAUUGAGCAAAAAAGUACACUCCUCUUCUAUGUGCUGUACUGACUUAACCUCGUCCACCAAGUCUGCAUUUUUAUGUAUCAUCAAUAAAGCUGUGUGCUUUAACUGGCAAAAAUGAGA